UCCAUAUGAGUUGUGCGCAAGGUUUUACUCAACUGAAUCGUGGUGCAUGGCUUAUGCGGAGACAUGUUAUCCAGUUUUUCAACAUAAUGAAGCUUGGGACAUUCCCGAACAUAUCAAGAAACGAGUCUGCCUAAAACCCCCCGUGAAGAUUAAGAAAGGACGACCAACAACAAAACGUAGAUCAUCACAAGGUGAGGUUCGUAAAGAACGGAGACGGUGCGGCUCAUGUGGCGGUCUAGGUCAUAACAGAGCAACAUGCUCAGCAGUGAUGCCUGCACCAUCUACUGCAAGACCUUCACAAUCAAGUGCCCAAUCUACACAACCUUCACAAUCAAGUGCCCAAUCUUUGGCAUGAAACUGUUUUAGGGUUUUGAUCAAACCGUUUUUGU